AGUGGGACUAGGGUGUUACUCAUGUAAGGCCCCCUCGCCUGAGCAUAUUCUAUUUGAUUUCCGCCUUCUAAUACGCAAGCUAUCAUCACGCCACAGAGGACUGCCAGUCAGGCGCCUCAGGCGGUCGUCUCCGGUACAGAUAGCAAAGCUACACAACCUGCACCCCACGUUGUGAAUGAUGCAGACCUUGCCAAGAUUGUAGCGGCGUCUGGUGAGGCGGGUCAGAUAGCCAACUUCACGUCCCUGCCAGUCGCGCCGAACAACUAUCACUUCGUAAGUGGAUUAGUCACCAUAAAAGUCUUGGGCAGCAAGAUAACCAGAUCGUCCAUCAUCAGAUUAGCGCCCAGUUUAGAAUCAACCCACUGUUUCUGGGCGGAGCAGCGCCUCUCGUCAUCCAGACCACCAGUGAGUUUCACACCCCGCUGGCACAGGUACCCAAGGUUCUUAUACCGGGCCACUAACUCAUCUCGCCCUCUCACCCACCAAGUCAUGAACGACACCGGAUCCACCAUCCAGACGCUCUACCAGCACGACUGGAACGCCAUGAACCUCGGCCACAAUCUCCCUACCCAGGUCACCCACAUCACGACGGCCAACGGACAGGUGACGCAGACGCAGUCGGUCACGGCCCAGAUCCGCAUCGUCGCGGCCACCGGCAACGCGACCAACCCGUGGAAGAUCCUCAUGAACUGGACGGGCGAGAACUUUGUCAUCCGGCCGUGGACCGCCACCACCGACCUCCUGUCCGGCCUGAUGCCGCGUAUGCACCUCUACUUCGCCACGUCACCUGGCAACCAGAACCUCUACAUCUCGCAGAAGAAGAACGGCGUCGUCAGCCAGCUCCCGGUUGUCUAAGCUGGCAAACACACACACCCACGCAUCGGUUGCGGUACCGGCAGGACUUCCGGAACCUCGUCAGGAACGAGGGCACUCUGGUAGUUGUGCUCCCCCUCUGCGGGAACGAGUACGGGCCUGUGGUGUGGCCGAGGGCGUGGGAUCUCGAGACUAUUCUAGCAGGGCUAGAGUUGAAAAGGGUUUUUAUAAUAGAUAGAUGGAUGGGUGGAUGGGUGCCGUGUUUGAGCUGGACUCCCGGAUCUGAUGGAUUGGGAAACCUCAUGUAUGUACUCGACCUCUGUGAGGAGAAAAUUAAAGUGGGA